AUGGGUGGUACUAAUGCAAAUUAUUUGCAUUUGGCAUUAAUUGUGUGGUGCAGUCUUUGUUAUGGUAGCAGUUUUGCUGAUCCUAGUCAUUGGAGGUCUGCUGAUGAUAACGAUGAUGAUGAUUGUUUAAAUACAAGUUGGAGGGGAUGUGGUAGUUUCUCUGGGAAUGGUGGUAGCAAUUCUAAGAAUGAUAAUGCCAAUGCUGUCGAAGGUGGUGGUGGUGGUGGUGGUGGUGGAGAAGGAGGAGGAGAAGGUGGUGGCAUUGGUGCAGGUAAUGGUCAUGGUAGUGGUUUUGGUGUUGGGGUAGGGUUUGGAAAUGUUGGGGGUGGAGGUGGUGGUGGUGGUGGUAGUGGAGGAGGAGGUGGUGGUUUUGGUAGUGGAAGGGUAGGACAAGGUAGUGGUUUUGGUGCUGGUUUUGGAAUGGGUGGCGGCAAUGGAGGUCAGCGAAAUGGUUUUGGAGCGGGUGGAGGAAUGGGAGGAGGAGGAGGAGGUGGUGGUGGUGAAGGUGGGGGAGUAGGUAAUGGAAGAGGAGGAGGACAAGGACAUGGUAGUGGUUUUGGUGCAGGUGCAGGAACAGUUGGUAUGGGAGGGGGAGGAGGAGGUGGUGGAGGUGAGGGUGAAGGAAGCGGCAAUGGAGGUAAAGGUUAUGGUAGUGGUAGUGGUAGUGGUAGUGGUUUUGGUGCAGGAGGAGGAAGUAGUGGAGGAGGUGGAGGAGGAGGAGGAGGUGGGGGUGGGGGUGGAGGUGGAGAAGGUGAUAAUGGAGGAGAAGGUUAUGGUCAUGGAAGCGGUUUUGGUGGAGGUACAAGUGGUGGAAUGGGAGGCGGAGGCGGAGGCGGGGGUGGUGGAGGAGGGUAUGGGCAUGGUAUGGGUACAAGUGGAGGUAGUACCAAUAAUGGCAUGGGUAUUGGAUUUGGCAUGGGCAUGGGUUUUGGUUUUGGAAUAGGAAGCAAUGGUCUUGGUGUUGCCAACGACCCCUAA